CGCAUGUGUCAUAGCAACAAUAAACAAUAUGGAGUAUCGCCUGUAAAUUUAUUUUCACUGUGAAAAUUGCAUUAUAAACAGGUUUUACACAUCUAAAGAAGGAUGGGGAAAGGAGAGGAAGGUGUCACGAUGUUGGAGGGUACGUCAGCCAUCCAUGUGGCCACCAUACUGGAGGACUGCGUGGACCAGCUCUCUGUCCUGGGGCGCAUCAUGCCUGCUGCUUACGAGGGCAGGUUUGAUGCUGUUGAGCUGGUCCAGAAUGAACUUAACCAGUUAGUGAUGGGGCAAAAGGAACUUGAACUUAAAUAUCAGACAAUUCUCUCCAAAAAACUUGACCUCAGAAACACCACAAAAAAUGCUGCCAAGCUCAGCGAAGUCGAACAGGAAGUCAUGGAUGCUGGACGCGACCUUAGAAACAGUACACAUGUUUUCGGCCGAAGUUUACGCCAGAAUCCCCUCACAAGCGACAACACAGCAAAAAUCCAGGCCGAUAGGGGAUUUCUGGAGGGAGUAACGAGUGACACACUGUCAGAGCUGAUCCAGAACUGUAGUUUCCAGGCCCUGAUGGAAGCAGUACGGCUACAGAAGGAGCGUAAGGCCCGGCUACAGGAUACCAUCCUUAAGGAGGAGAAUGGCCGUAAACGAGUGAAGCUUCUCAACAAACAGCUCCAGGACAUCAAGAAAGAGAAGGAGGUGGAGCUACAGCAGAGGAACAAUAUGAUCGCCCACUACAAGGACCAGCUGCAGGAAAUGAAGGCCAAGACAAACAUGGAGGGCAAGUACACCAAGAAGUCGGCCGAGGUGGCUGUCGCCCAGACUCAGAAACGCUGCCAUCUGUCAGAGCGAGAACUACAGACGGAGAUAGAGCAACUGAAACACAAGAUUGAUGAAGAGAACCGAUGUAACAUCGAAAUAGAAUCCUACCUAAAGACUCACCAAGAGGAACUAGAGAAGAAGGUGGAUUAUUGGCUGACCAAGUAUGACAAAGACGUGGAGGCCAAACAGCACGAGCUGGACGUCCUCAAGGCCAGUAAGGCUAAAGACCUUGAUCGCCUACAGGAGCUGACCAAGCAGUAUAAGGAAUAUGAACAGGUUGUUGUGGAGGACCGUAUAGAGAAGGAGAAGGCUCGUCGUAAGGCUGACCAGGAGGGCAUCGAACUCAAGGCUGCCAUCAGGGUACAAGCCUGGUGGAGGGGCGUCAUGGUCCGGAAAGGUUUCGGACCCUACAGUAAAAAGAAGAAGGGAAAGAAAGGCAAGAAAGGAAAGAAGGGCAAAAAGAAGAAGUAGACUGUUGACCUCAGCAUUUGGCUGGACUUAUACUAUUGUUGUGUCCGUGUGUUUGAUCAAAUGUGACCACACUUCUCUGUGAUCCAGAAAUGACUGAAGAACUAGUAUACUAUAUAAAUCACUCAAGACACUAAAAUUGUGCUGAAGACAAUAUUCUGUUGCUGGGUUAGCAACCUCUGUGGUCUAGAUAUGACAGAGGAAACUUAUGGAUAUCUCCCAUUUACCAUCAACCAGUCA